AUGCAGCGUGAAAUCAAAGCCAUCACAAUUGUUGAGAAAUGCUACAACAGUUCUCAAAAGUAUUAUCCCAGGAGUACAGUGGCACCGACAACAGAGAGUACAGUGGCACCGACAACAGAGAGUACAGUGGCACCGACAACAGAGAGUACAGGGGCACCGACAACAGAGAGUACAGGGGCACCGACAACAAAGAACAUGCAAGCACUGUCAACUGGAGGUAUUGUUGGAAUAGCCUUGGGUCUGUUGGCAGUAAUUGGAGCUUUUUCUAUAGCAGCUGGGAUCUGCAUUAGGAAGAAGAGACAGGUGUAUAAAAACCCAGUAAGUAACUUUAAACCUACACCAGAUGGAGAAGGAGGAAUUAGAAUGACAGAACCAUUACAGAUUGGACUAAAUGGUUCUACAGUGAAUGGAGAGGAUAUAGGUUUAGGGUAG